CUUCGUCAUGGCUGACACGGGCUGGCCAGGCUGUGCGAAGAGUUUGAAAGGCGUUGUAUUGGACAUGUGUGGCGUUUUGUAUGACAGCGGCGAGGGCGACGGAGUUGCUAUUCCUGGCUCCAUUGAAGCUGUGGAAAAGCUCAAGGCGUCUGACCUGCAGCUGCGCUUCUGCACCAAUGAGACCCAGGCCACCAGAGAGAAGUUCGUAGCCAAGCUGCAGAGGCUGGGCUUUGACAUCUCUGUGUCUGAGGUCUUCUCUCCUGCUCCUGCAGCAGUAGCGGUCCUCAAGGAGAAGGGUUUACGGCCUCACCUGUUGGUGUAUGAUGGAGUUCUCCCCGAAUUUGACAGUGUUGACAAGACCGACCCAAACUGCGUGGUCAUUGGAGAUGCAGCCGAAAAUUUCUCCUACCAGAACGUGAAUGAGGCAUUCAGGGUCCUUAUAGGCUUGGAGAAGCCACUGCUGUUCUCUCUGGGUCAAGGGAGGUACUACAAGGAGACGGAUGGUUUGAAACUGGAUGUCGGGGUUUACAUGAAGGCUCUGGAGUACGCCUGUGAUUUAGAGGCCGAAGUCAUCGGAAAGCCAUCCUCAAUGUUCUUCCAGAGUGUUCUCAAUGACAUGGGGCUUCAUCCACAUGAGGCGCUGAUGAUCGGGGACGAUCUGGUGAAUGAUGUGGGUGGGGCCCAGCGCUGUGGAAUGAAAGGCGUACAAGUCAGGACAGGCAAAUACAGGCCCACUGAUGAGAGGCACCCAACGGUGACGGCCGACGGCACUGUGGACAACCUGGCCCAGUCUGUGGACGUGAUCCUCAAUCAGAGGGGCCACUGAGUACAAGGCAGUGGACAACUGGAAAAACUCCUCCACUUACUGUGACCCUGAGUGAUACAGGCUGGUUCGUGCUAGUGUCUUCAUAUAGCUCUAAGUGUUGUUUCUGACGGGAAGGGGUGUGUUGCAUCAAGGUAUUUCAACAAACAUGUCAAAACAGCACUGCACUAAAGUACCAUACAAUACUGUAUAUCCUGUAACCGUCGCAACUCCUUGUUCUGUCAAAAAGGGGAAACACCCACCCAUCUGGUGGUCUGCAUAGUUUGAAUUAGAAUGAAAUUUGCAGACGUAUUACGCGGGUCUGCAGGAGAUAGUCUUUAGAGCUGCACUGUGCAUUUGCCAGUACAUGACUGGAAUAGAUAAGAUAGUUGAAGUUGACAUGAAUGUGCCUUUAACCAGCUGCUGACUGACAGUUAGAGGGGAAAGUAAAGCUGUGUGUUUAGACUCCCUGCUAAUGUUACACAGUCAGAUUCUUUCUGGAGCAGCCAACAGUUUGUAGCCAAACUGGAAACACACAAUGGAAAGCUACCUGCAGUUCAUUUUUAACAUGCACUGAUUAAUGUACGUAUCCUGUUAUAUGUAGGUAAUAUUUUUGUCUCCUUUGAAAAAAAACAUGCACAGUCUUAGUGAAGAAGCCAGGAGGUGUCGGUAAUAUUAUAGUAUUUAAUAGAGUAUUUGGCUUUGACUGUUAUAAAUAAAGCUAUUUUAGUAGUCUAUGAGCUGUAGAAAACAUUUCUCUGCCUGAAUUUGCCAAUUUGUCUCAGCCAUUGUCACAGAACUUUUUUUGAGGAAAAAAAAAAAAAGGCUCAAGGUCUCAAAGCGCUGGGGAAAAUUUAGCCUUGGCUCUGGUUUGAACUGGAAUCUGUAUCGGAGCAGCUUUUGUUCUACAAAAACAAAUCGCUGAAAAUGGGAAGUGAGCUGGUCUGAGAGUUGAUAAAUGCAGAACUCAGCCGAGUGUGAUGAAUUACGCCGGUGCUCGAGCUCGUGUUUCUCCCUCUGUAAACAAAAAUGAAAUGAGCUCUCCAUCAUCAGAGUGAAGCAUCGCAUAUCUACAACUGCUUAUCUUUAUUUACUCGACUGUUAAAGCCUCCUCUGACGGGGACAGUCCUGCCAUAGUUACAUAGAUAAUUCCCACUCAUUAGAUGUAGAGCGUUCACAGUGAGGUUGAAUAAAAUGAUGAGGGGGGUAAAAAUUGGUUAUUGGGCUCCUGUGUGCCAGCUGGAUCAUCGAGGCCUCUGGAAGUGGGGCGUAAAACAAACGAUUCUCCAUCGCUGCCCCCGAGGUUUCAGUGUACCAAAUAGAUUCAUCAAGAACAAAAGCCCAUUGCCAAGUGAUUCAUUGAGGUCUUUCUGGUUCACUUCACCAUUAGCUGACACAAGCUUGAAUGUUAUUGGGCAAUUAGAGGUAAUGAAAUGCUACGAAGUAUUAUGAAACAGUGUUAGAGCUGGGUGCACCACUCCUAUUUCUGAUCUGGAAAUACGUAUUAAUGUACACGGCAAACUACUAGCAGCUGGUACCCAGUUUUCUAACAGCUUACACAUUGUUUGACUCCAUGUUUUUGUCCAUUAUGUUACUGGCCGUUGGCCUUGUACGGAGCUAUUAAACAUGUAUUUGACUACUCUCGAAUAAAUUCA